CCGCAGGAUUGCGCAUGCGUUCCCCUGGGCUGGGGUUUUCGUUAGAGGAGGAGGAUGUCACUAUUUCAUAAGUACCGCCUUGGCGUAGGCCUCGGCUUUUGCUGGUACCUGUGCUUGCUGCCGUCUUUGCUGCAUGUGAACGGAGCACAGGAUUCAGAGAGAAUUCUCCUCCGGGAAGUCCAAGCUUUGACAUUGUACAGUGAGAAGUAUACUACUGGCCGCAGAACACAUCCUGUUCCUCAGCUGCGGUGUGUUGGUGGCUCAGCUGGCUGUAAUGUCUUCCUUCCGAAAGUGGUGCAGUGUUAUAACAAAGGGUGGGAUGGUUAUGACGUUCAGUGGGAAUGCAAGACAGACAUGGACAAAGCAUACCAAUUUGGAGCAAUUACCGUCAGUUGUGAGGGAUAUAACUAUCCAGAAGAUCCUUACAUUUUGAAGGGAUCCUGCGGACUGGAAUAUGUGAUAGAACUUACUGAAGAAGGCCUUCGGAGAAAGAAAUCUCAUUCUGGAUUUGCAUAUAAAUCAAAUAGCAAUGAAAAUCUCUCAGACUACGAUGAUUCAUCCUCUUUUCUUGUGGUAAUCGGACUGUUUUGCCUUGCUUAUCUGGUCUACAUGAUGUGUUUGAGAAGCCAACCUAACAGUAAUGAGUCGUCGCAAAACAAUGCUCAAGAUUAUGAUGAAUAUUGCAACGAUGCGGGUCCCUCCGGACAGCCACUGCCGCCUGGCUUUAAACCAGCCUUUGGAGGUCACACAUCUAGUGGUAGAAGCUCAGGACCAGGCUUUUGGACAGGAAUAGGAGCAGGCGGUUUGCUUGGAUACUUGCUUGCCAGCCGAAGAUCACAGCCAAGUCCUUCACCUUAUCCACAAUACCCGAAUUAUUCUGUGCACCAGCCACAGACAAGUGAGCAGACUGGUUGGAAUCCUGAAGGCCGAGAAACCAGGACAACUUCAGGAUUUGGUGGAACCAAAAGAAGAUGAGAAAAUGAAAAGUACGAGAACUGUGUGAGGAUUUGAUUGUACAAUGUUCAAAAAUUGCUGGUUCAGUUUCUGUACAACCCACACUUGUGGCAUUUUAUGUGAGCAAGAGAGAUUCUUGUAAUGUUGAGUAAUUUUAGAAUUUUCAUUUAUUUGACUUUUUAUGUAACAUCCGACUAUAUUUGGAACUUGUAAUAACAAUGAGGGUAUUACAUAAAGUGAGAAAAAUUCAUGUAUCAAUGUAUGAACAUUUGAUCCAAGCUCUGGACUUCUGAUUAAUGGCAGGCAAUACCUUAUUAUAAUUUUGAAGCAAAGGAAUAUUUGACAAUGUAAGGUCAUAUAGGAUCACUAUGCUAACUCACUUGCAAGUCUUCUAGUAGUUGAGCGGGAGUAAAACAGGUCAAAAAUCAUAUUUGCUAAAACCAAGUGGUGCUUUUGUUAAAUUUUUUUUAAUCACUGUCAUGGCCAGCACACUCAUGAGAGGAAUGUCGAACUAAAAACAUCUUGCCCCUCUCCAACUUUAUAGGGGCAAAUUAAACUAAGAACAUCGGGAGAAGCUGACAGUUUUUUUAAAAAAAUUGGCUUAGUUUUCAUACAAGGACCUAUUUGGUAUAUAAUUUCAUUCCCCCAAGGUGAUGUUGUGCUGACUCAUAGAAUUUCCUAUUGAUUUACCAUUGGUUCACUCUCAUCACUACCCUUUUCUCCUACUUCUGAUCCAACUAUCUCCCUCUCUUUCAAGUAGUAAUAUAUUUCGUCAUUCUUGUAUUUUCUUCUGAGAAACACCACAUUUUUAUCUGCCCUACACAAGAAUGAGAGGUGUAUUUGAGUUCCAUAAAGACUCAAAGCUAAAUGUUCCAAAAGACAGGAAUAUCUUUUGAGGUUAGUUUAAUGGUUUCAAUCUUAUAAUGUGAAAGAAGUAACUGAAUAAUUACACAAUUGACCUCAAAGGCUCCACUUAAUGCAAGAGUACACCUGCAUCUUCGAUGGGGAUAUAGGAAAAGAAUAAUGGGAUAUAGGAAUUGCUAAAUGAAAAAGAUCAAAAUGUAUGUAUCUUCUAAUAUUUUGGCAUCUACAUGCUGUAACAUUAUUAGGGUUUCUAACUAGUGAAUCAUUAUCAGUUAAUACACAUCUGGAAAUGUGCUGAGGAAAGAAACCAGCAGGUAGAGAGAUUUGGAACCAGAUCUCGUGUUGCCUUUGACAUUGACAGAGACUACUGUUUUCAUUAGUUCUUUACAGACUCCCAGUGACUUGGGUCUUGCCACGUGGUGCGAGUUGUUUUAAACUGCCAUAUGUGCAUCUACGCAAUAAUGUAAAAGUACCUUGCAUUGAAAUGAAUUGGCCAUGCCAACAAAAAAGGAAUAUUUCUUAUUCCGUUUCAUGCCCCAAAGUAAAGGUCCCAUGUGGUAGGUCGUUUUUAUUUUGAUCUUGUGAGCAAUACACAGUGUAAAAUUGUGCAAGAAAUAGCAAUGUUGCUUUGCUCGUAACCAAAAGCCUUCAAUGUUUUUCCCAAUAAAAUUCUGUCCUUCUCCUCUCUGAA